AUGCUGUCCUCUCAGGUCUACAAGGACGCCGGCCUGUUCGGCCUGCUCAGGGCGUCCGCCGGCUCCACCGGUCCCAUGCCGGCGCCUUCGGCGGCGGCGGCCGGCGCGAUCCAGCCGAACUUCAUGGUCCCCUCUGCGCGGGAGCGGUUGGGAUUCGUGCCCAAGGCGGCGGAGGGCGGCAUGACGGCGUUCCUGGUGGACCUGGCCGCCGGCGGCGUGGCCGGUGGGAUCUCCAAGACGGCCGUGGCGCCGAUCGAGCGCGUGAAGCUGCUGCUGCAGACGCAGGACUCCAACCCGAAGAUCAAGUCGGGGGAGGUGCCGCGGUACAAGGGCAUCGUCGACUGCUUCGUGCGCGUGGCGAGGGAGCAGGGCGUGGCGUCCUACUGGCGGGGCAACCUGGCCAACGUGAUCCGUUACUUCCCCACCCAGGCCUUCAACUUCGCCUUUAAGGACAAGUUCAAGGCCAUGUUCCCCAGCUACAACCCCAAGAAGGACUUCUGGAAGUUCUUCGCCGCCAACCUGGCCUCCGGCGGUGCCGCGGGCGCAUCCUCGCUGCUCAUCGUCUACCCGCUUGACUUCGCGCGGACGAGGCUGGCGGCGGACGUGGGCUCCGGCAAGGCGCGCGAGUUCACGGGCCUGAUCGACUGCAUCCAGAAGGUGGCCGGCCGCGGGGGUCCCCUGGCGCUGUACCAGGGGUUCGGCGUGUCCGUGCAGGGGAUCAUCGUCUACCGCGGCGCCUACUUCGGGCUGUUCGACACGGCCAAGGGGAUCAUCUUCGAGGACGAGAAGAAGGCCAGCUUCGUCGCCAAGUGGGCCGUGGCGCAGACCGUGACCGCCAUGGCGGGCAUCAUCUCCUACCCCUUCGACACCGUGCGUCGGAGGCUCAUGAUGCAGUCCGGCUCCAAGGAGAAAAUGUACAAGGGCACGAUUCACGCCUGGGGCAAGAUCGCCGCCGACGAGGGCGUGGGCGCGUUCUUCAAGGGCGCGUGGUCCAACGUGCUGCGCGGUGCGGGCGGCGCCCUCGUGCUGGUGCUGUACGACGAGGUCAAGAAGGUCAUCAACGCGGCCUUUUGA